CGACGCGGGGGUGGCUGCUGGAAUAGCCCCUCUCUAUCGUCGUGCGCGUUCCACCACUGGAGUGCGAUUCCGAAAUCCGAUACCGUUGACGACGGACGCGCUCGCGUUUGAAAUGGUCCUUCUGUUGCGGUGAUUUUAAAUGUCUUCGUCGCUGGAAGGUUCUUUGGAUUGGGAUUCCCCCUCGACUAAAACAGGAACGGUUAAACGAAGGCCGGUGUCGAGUUCUUUAGAAGAAAAUGGUACUUGUAAAGUUGGAUGUAAAACAAGCGGGAUACCGUGUUUUGUUGGUUCCGGUGGAAAAAUGAAAAUGAAAAAAAGGUGGUCGUAUUCGGGAGUGAAAGAAAGUAAAGAUAAAGUGAAUUUAGUUUUAAAUUCCAAAGUUUCCGACACGGAUUCAGGAAUAGCUUCACCUUUAUCGCCGUUAUCUUCGUCAAAUCAAGGAUUUUUCGGUUCAUCUUUAGGAUAUUUGAAGGAAUUUAAAUGUCUCGAGGAUUGUAGGUGUUUAAAACAAGAUGAGCAGAUCUACACCGAUUGGGCGAAUCAUUAUUUAGACAAAGCGAGGAGUAAAAAAAGGGUGAAUUGUCUCGCGACUGAUUGUAGCGACGGAAUAUUAUUAGCUGAAGUGAUAGAAUCUGUCACCUGCCAGAAAAUACCGGAUAUUAACAGGAAACCGAAAACUCCAUCGCAAAUGUUGGACAACGUUAAUUUGUGUUUGGGAGUACUCCGCACUCAAAAUGUUGCGGGAAUUGAAAACAUUUCCGGUCAGGAUUUACGAGAUGGACGAUUAAAAGCUAUAUUGGCUUUAUUCUUUGCGCUAUCUCGACACAAACAAGCUGCUAAACAAAAAGUGCCUCAUCAACAAUCCAACGAAAUGACACCGAGCAGAUCGACAUCGAUACCCCAUAAAGGUGGAAGUAGCAUUCCUCUUCCUGGAUCAGCGUUGCCAUCGAGAAAAUGUCCACCAGACAAAGUUCGCCCUGUUGCAAGUUCGAGCAGGGCUUCAAGUCCAGCUCUUUCUAUGAUUCCUCGAGGUCCUCCCGCUCCAAACAACAGUCCCUAUCAACAACCCAAAAAUCAACAACAACAACACUCUCUCUUAAAACUUUUCAAAUCCCCAACGAACGAACGAACCACUCCGACGAGUAACGGGAAAAGAACAAGUAGUUCCAGUGGGGUUUCUUCCGCGAGGAGUGAAAAAUCAGACAGCAGCACAAGUAUAGAACCGAAUAUUGAUUUGAAAACGAAUAGGAAUAAUCCGAAAGUGAAGCAACAACGAGGGGUGAAACCAGGGGUUAAUUUGAAAAAUAGCCCGAAUGCGAAUAAGAAAGAGAUGGUUAACGGAGGAAUUAAGGUGAUUAAGACGAGUCAAGAGGUUGAACGGCACGCGAAUAAGGUGGCCAGUUUAAAUUCGAAAUUGGCCGAACCAAAAACACGAUUGAACCAAAGUAAAGAUAAAAACGGUUCGACUUCUCCCAACACCGGAAUUCCAAAACCCACGGCUGCCAUUAAAGGAACCAGCAAACCAAAAACGCCAAUGGUUUCUAGAGAAAGUUCCCAAGCGAGUAUCUCUAGACCCACAGUAGCUAUGGUGUCACCAAUUAAAAUGGAACAUCCCAUUGAAAAUGGCGAUAAAUUUCCUAAAGAAAUCGAUAAUAUUAAAGAAGAAUUUGAUGAAUUUGAAAAGAAAAAAGAUGACAAAAUAGAAAAAGACGAUAUUUUUGAAGACAUUAAUUACCCAUCAUAUCAAGAAAACAUAUCAUCGAAAAUAUCACCACCUCAUCUAACAUAUCAUAAAGAUCGUAAAGAUCACAAACCAAUAAAUAUCAUUAAUAUUAACAGUUCUUUGUUGGGAUCGCACGAAGAAGAACCAUCGACAUUAAACGUCGAACCAAUGAGACCAUUAUUUCGCGAAUAUUGCAGCACUUUAACUUUACCUUCAAGACCAAGACAUUACCCAAGAGUACAACCUGAUGGUAGUGCAGAUUAUUGUGAAAUUUCUUUAGCUAACGGUUAUCUUUCCGAUGGUGAAAUUCUUCGGAAUCCUAUUAACAGAGAUGUUUGCGACGGAUACAUGUCCGAAGGUGGAAGUGCACUUUACGUCCGAAGAUUACAAACAAUUCCACAAAAUACAUCGCAUACUAGAAUUAAUCACGGCCUCGCGGUGCUAACAGAACAGGGUACGCGUCGGGGGCGGUUAGAGGAACCUCAACAGCCGCCCCCGACACCACCCGGAGUUGGACCUCGUUCCUCCGGGUCUUCUCGUUCAUCACGAAAUCAAAACGGCCAAUGUGGACAAUGGAAACGGUAUACGGACAGUCCUGGUGUUGGAAGUCCACCCCCGCCCCCUCCGCCCGCUCCGUCAAGCCCCGGAAGUUCGCGCAGAGAACGUAAAAGCAGCCCUCACGGCGCCAACAAGGACAAAAACUCGUCAAAGGUCAGGGGCGUCCCACAGAGUUUUGCUUAUGUUAAAAGAAGUGGAAGUAGUAAUGGUACUGCGAAUGGAACGACACAAACUGGAUCUGGUCUUCAACAAUCGGGGAAAACCGCGCAAGUUUCCGCUGUUCCAAGAACGAAAGUUAAGGUUUCCGGAGGAACUCAAACUUGUUCAAGUGACUUGCAACCUCAUAAAAAUCCACAAUUUAAAAGUUUUUCUUUGACUGGUAACACGGCGACCCAACUAAGUCAAUCUGUGAGAGAGCGAUUAAUGAUGCAUGGUUCCCAAUCGUUACCAAAAGGAGCAGGGCAAGAAUAUGGACUCGUAAUGAGACAAGUUCGACCAAAAGCCAGCGAUGGUUCUUUAUCUGAUACUCAAGCUAUUGAAAAUACGAGUCCUUACGCUCCAUGGUUAAGACACAGCAACACUUAUUCGGUUGCUCCAAGAUUAUCUGAAACUGAUAGCAUGGAGAGUCUUUCAAGUCUUCCUGGUCAUCGUGGUAGUUUAACUCACACAAGACUUUUAAGAGAUUCCCCGUCGCGAUUGAGUAGAAGUAACAGUAUUAGCUAUCUCAGAGAACGGACGUUUCCAAGAUCGACGAAAUCCGAAAAAUUGUAUCCUUCGAUGUUGCAUAGGAACACCGAACAAGAAACGGAACCUUAUUAUUGUUUACCUGUUGGGGCCGUUUUGAAUCAUUGGUCACAACCAACCAGUCCUGCUCCAGGAACUGCUCGUACUUUUCCUUUAUCACCAACUCAUUCGACACCAAGACAUAGUAUUCCUAAGAAUGAUGAUGUACACGGUUCUUCAAUAAGUUUGGUGUCAACCGCUUCCAGUUUAUAUUCUUCGGCCGAAGAAAAACACGCUCACGAAAUCAGAAAAUUGCGAAGGGAAUUAAUGGAGGCGCAAGAAAAAGUUCAAACAUUAACAUCUCAACUUAGUACAAAUGCUCAUGUAGUAGCGGCUUUUGAACAAAGCCUCUCAUCAAUGACCCAAAGAUUACAGCAUCUAACAGCUACCUCCGAGAAAAAAGAUAGCGAACUAACUGAGUUAAGAGCCGCAAUGGAAUCCUUACGGGUACAAUCAUUACAAGCCGGGAUCGGUACCGGUUUAGCUAGACAACCAUCUUCGGAUAGUGUCUCAAGUUUAUCGUCGGCGUGCAGUUUAGAUAAACAGGAAAAGAAAAAGAAGAAAGGAUGGUUAAGAAGUUCCUUUACAAAAGCGUUCUCCCGCAACGCAAAAGUAACCAAAGUUCAGUGCCAAAGCGAAGAAAACGAGCGCCAACAAAGCCCACCCCCACCAGCCCCAAUGGAUACGGGAGCGGAAGUUGCCGAGCUACAAAAACAAUUACGCGAAAAAGAUUUGGUUUUAACCGAUAUCAGAUUGGAAGCUUUAAGUUCUGCCCAUCAACUUGAAAGUUUAAAGGAUACAGUUAUGAAAAUGAGGAGCGAAAUGUUAAGUUUAAAACAAAAUAACGAACGCCUUCAAAGAAUGGUAAGCGGGACAAUAUCAAACGGCACAAAUCUUCCGCCGGAUUUACACGAAAGUCGAAGUUUAGAUCAUCUAACCGAAAUGAUCCCGGCGGAUGAACCACCGCCGGAAGUCGAACCGGAUGGAAAAAGAAUCGUAAUCUCCGUUUAUUUAGGUCAACCUCAAACCUUCGAACGUUAUUUUAUCGAGCACUACGAAAAUGAUAGAGACGGUUCAAAUGCAACUGGAGAAAUCGCGAUCGCUCAUACAAGCGUUGGAGCGGCAACCACUUGGAAUCAAAUCGAUGGGGCAGUUAGAAGAGCUUUUAAGCAACACAUUUCGCGAUUAGAUCCCGGGGGAGGACUCGGAUUGGGCAUUGAUGCAAUUUCAAGUUAUAAAUUGGGAGAAGCCGAUCGAAUUUUUGAUUCUAAUCCGCCGGAUUUACUCCCGGUUGGUUACGUUGUCGGGAGAGUUAUGACGUUGCAUAUAGUUCUUCAACCCGUCGCGGCAUUCGCUUUUGAAGCUUUAAUUCCUAAAGGAGUUGCACAACGAUUAGUUUCUUUGUUAAGCGAACAUCGAAGGAUUGUUUUAUGUGGCGCCCCAGGGACGGGUAAAACUCAUUUGGCAACGCGAUUAGCUGAGUUUCAUGCUCAAAGUCUUGGAAGAGAUCCCGUUGAAGCAGUUGCAACUUUUAAUGUUGAUAAUAAAUCUGGAAAGGAACUUCGACAAUAUUUAGCUCAUUUGAGUGAACAAGCAGCAGCUGGUGAUAACAGCGUUUUGCCGUGCGUGGUUGUUUUGGAUAAUUUACAUAAAGCGGGGCCUUUAGCGGAUGCUUUAGGGUCUUUACCAAGAAACCUUCCAUGUUUAUUAGGAACGAUGGCGCAAUCUGCGUGUUCGGCAACUUCACUUCAACUUCAACAUGGUUUCCGUUGGGUUCUUGUAGCACCUCACAUGGAGCCAGCCCGUGGGCUUUUAGGGCGCGUUUUAAGGCGACGUUUAGCAAGUCUUGAGUUAGAACAAGGACCCCAACCGGAAUUAGCAGCCAUUUUGGGUUGGCUACCUCGAGUUUGGCAACAUCUAAACGCUUUCUUGGAAACUCACAGUUCCGGAGACGUUGCUAUUGGUCCAAGAUUAUUUUUAAGUUGUCCUUUAGAAUUGGAUGCGGCACGAGCUUGGUUUGCGGAUGUUUGGAAUUAUUCUUUAGCGCCGUAUUUAAGAGAAGCCGCUCGAGAGGGUUUACAAUUAUACGGAAGACGUGCCGCUUGGACGGACCCUUGCCAAUUUGUUUUGGAUACCUAUCCAUGGCCGGGAGCUCCCCCUCAAGGGUUAACAUCAAUUCCAGCGAAAGACGUCGGUUUGGAAUCGGGCCAACAAUCGACUGCGGAAAACGACGGUGAUCCGUUAUUAAAUAUGCUGAUGAGGUUACAAGAAGCCGCUAAUUAUUCGAGCCCACAUUCCAACGAUUCCGAUUGUAACAGUUUAGACUCGAAUAUGACCCACGGAAGUAAUUUAGGGACGGAAAGUGUUUCUUAAAAAAAUUAAUUAAUUAAUCCUUUCGUUUUUGAGUUAGCGAUUUUAUUUAUUGAUGUGUAAAUUUUUGUAUAAAACGAGAAGGUAAAAAAAUUGAAAAUGAUACGAGAUUGUAUUUAUUGUGAAUUAACGCUUAAAUGAUGGAUAAUAAUCGAUUUUAGUUUUAACGAGUAUAUCUGGUCAAGAAGAAAUAAUGAUAACAAUAAUACUUUUCUUCCUUCAGUUGUGGCGCUGUAAAUAAUAAUAUGAAAAAGUAAAUGUUAUUUAUAUACAAUUGUAUUAACGCGUGCGGAGCUAUGUCGUUACGUUUCUUUAUUUUUUAAGGGUAUAACGAAACGACGCUUUGUAAUAACUUUUAUACCAAAUCAAUAUAUUGUAUAACUGCCAUAAAUAAAUUAUUCUAAUAUUAUUA